AUGGUUGACGUUGUUUUAGGUGCUCAAUGGGGGGACGAAGGUAAGGGUAAAUUGGUUGAUUUAUUAGUCAGCAGUUACGAUAUUGUAGCUCGUUGUGCUGGUGGUAACAAUGCUGGUCAUACUAUUGUUGUUGACGGUGUUAAAUACGAUUUUCAUAUGUUGCCUAGUGGGUUAGUUAAUCCAAACUGUAUCAAUUUGAUUGGAUCUGGUGUUGUCAUUCAUGUUCCAUCUUUCUUCCAAGAAUUGAAAAAUUUGGAAGCCAAAGGCUUGAAAAACUGUCGUGGUAGAUUAUUUAUUUCUUCUAGGGCUCAUUUGGUUUUUGAUUUCCAUCAACGCACCGAUAAAUUAAGGGAACUGGAACUUAAAGGUGCUAGUAAAGAUGGUAAAAAUAUUGGUACCACUGGUAAGGGUAUCGGUCCAACUUAUUCUACUAAAGCUUCUAGAUCAGGUUUGAGAGUUCACCAUUUGGUUAACGAUGAUCCGGCUAGUUGGGAAUAUUUCUGCACCAAAUACAGAAGAUUAGUUGAAACCAGAAAAAAGAGAUAUGGUGACUUUGACUAUAACGUGGAUGAAGAAUUAGCUAGAUAUGCUAAAUAUAGAGAAGAAUUAAAACCAUUUGUAGUUGAUUCUGUAGCAUUCAUGCACAAGGCUAUACAGGAAAAGAAAAAAAUAUUGGUUGAAGGUGCUAAUGCCUUAAUGUUGGAUAUAGAUUUUGGUACUUAUCCAUAUGUUACGUCCUCUUCAACUGCCAUUGGGGGUGUGUGUACAGGGCUGGGUAUUCCGCCACAAACUAUUAAAAAUGUUUAUGGUGUUGUUAAAGCCUACACUACCAGAGUUGGUGAAGGUCCAUUCCCAACUGAACAAUUGAAUGAAGAAGGUGACAAAUUGCAAAAAAUCGGCGCUGAAUUUGGUGUUACUACUGGUCGUAAGCGUCGUUGUGGUUGGUUAGAUUUGGUUGUUUUGAAGUAUUCUACUUGGAUUAAUGGAUACACCUCUUUAAACAUCACUAAGUUGGAUGUUUUGGAUACAUUUAAAAACAUUCCAAUUGGUGUCGCUUAUGAAUUGAAUGGUAAAAAAUUAGAUUCUUUCCCGGAGGAUUUAAUCACUUUGGGUAAAGUAAAUGUUGAAUAUGUUGUUUUACCUGGUUGGGAUUCAGAUAUUACCAAGAUUACUAAGUAUGAAGAUUUACCAGAAAAUGCUAAAAAGUACUUGAAAUUUAUUGAAGACUUUGUUGGUGUUCCAGUUGAAUGGGUUGGUACUGGUCCAGCCAGAGAAAGUAUGUUGCAUAAGGAAAUUUAA